ACCAAAGAAGCAUCAGUGAAACGUCGUGUAAGUAAAAUCAAUAAAAAGUGGUUUUCAGUGGACGGAAAAACUGUGAAAAUUAGUGCAAAAAAUGGCAGAUAAUGAACAAAAAGCCCUCCAACUGAUGGCGGAGGCGGAGAAGAAGCUCAACUCAAAGGGUUUUCUCGGCGGAUUGUUUGGGGGCGGCUCUAGUCGCGUUGAGGAUGCCGUGGAAUGCUACCAAAGGGCAGCAAAUAUGUUUAAGAUGGCCAAGAAGUGGUCCCAGGCAGGGAAGGCUUUCUGCGAGGCGGCUAAUCUGCACGCCAAAGCAGGCUCCCGUCACGACGCAGCCACAAAUUACGUGGACGCCUCCAAUUGCUACAAGAAGACUGACCCCAAUGAGGCUGUCGCUUGCCUUCUGAAAUCCAUCGAUAUCUACACAGACAUGGGGCGCUUCACGAUGGCAGCCAAGCACCACCAAACUAUUGCGGAGUUGUUUGAAAAUGAAGCGAAUGAUUUGCAACGAGCUAUUCAGCACUAUGAGCAAGCAGCUGAUUAUUUUAAGGGUGAAGAAUCCACCAGUUCGGCUAAUAAAUGCAUGCUAAAAGUUGCCCAGUAUGCAGCACAGCUUGAAGACUACGAGAAGGCUAUCCAAAUUUACGAACAAGUAGCCAGCUCCUGUCUGGACAGUUCUCUACUGAAGUACAGCGCCAAGGAGUACUUCUUCCGUGCUGCUCUGUGUCAUCUUAGCGUUGAUCUGCUAAAUGCACAACAUGCCCUUGAGAAGUAUGCUCAGCAGUACCCAGCAUUCCAGGAUUCGCGUGAAUAUAAGCUUGUCAAGACUCUCUGUGAGCAUCUCGAGGAGCAAAAUAUCGAAGGAUUUACCGACACCGUGAAGGACUACGAUAGCAUCUCACGACUGGAUCAGUGGUACACCACAAUUCUUCUGAGGAUCAAGAAGCAGUCGAAUGAUAAUCCGGAUUUGCGAUAAAUUUCCAAUAUGUGGCAUGGACAAGUAAACUUACGAAGGUUUUUACUAAUUUUCAUGUAAAAUGCAGUGAAUGAGUGACCGAAAUUUAAUUUUGAGCCACCAUAUUAUCCAAGAGAAUUUAGAAAUAGAGUGAGUCAUCUCAUACAAUACAAGGGGUGCCAGCAAUGGGCAUCCAACUCGGUAAGAUUCCUCAUUUUCUUUUUGGAAAACUUGUUAUGAUAUUUUUUUAUAACUUGUUUUGUUUGAAAUUAUUUCUCGAAAAACAUUUAUCUAUAUAUUUUUUUUUAUUGGUAUAAAAUCUGUCGAUUUGGGGAGAUUGUUAAGUUAUACCUUCAUAUAUUUUCUGUUGCAAUCUUUAUUAUAUAUUUCUCAACUAAAAUGUUAUCUCAUUUCUUUUGAGAUUUCCACCGAAUGCCAUAUUGUGCAUAAAUGCAAAACAAUAUUAAAAAAAAAAGAUAUAUUCUCCCUGAAAUUUAAAUAAGAAAAUCUAGAUGGUUGUCAUCGAAUGAUUCAGACGAAAUGCAAAAUUGUGAGGAAUUCACCGUGAUUCAUUCAAUUUAUCAGUUUACAUUGUAUUCAAAUCUCCGGAAAAUUAAUUAAAAUAAAUCAACGUAUCAAUCUUUCAAUAGAGGAAGUAAUUUUUUGAGAUUAUAGUCCCAAGGAAAACUUUUGCUUGAGAAAUAUCUCAUUGCCAGACCAGUGGACACAGGUUUUUAUAAAAAAAAAAAAUAAAACCAUAUCGUAAACACUUUUCAGCUACAUUUUAUUUUAGUCAAAGGGAAGAAAAUUCAUUAAAAAUUUAGAACUUUAUUUGUAUCUACAUUUUUUCGAUGACAAAUCUUUUGGGAAAUGAAAGAGUUUUCCUUUGGCAGUAAAAGAAAACAGAAAAAAGUACGAUAGCGAUAUUUGUUAUUAGAAAUUCUCAAAUGGGAUUGAUGUAAAAGAAUAAUGUGAGUUUUUACUAAAAGCAUGAUUAAUAAAUAUUCGUCUUUAGUACGUUAAUCUAAAAGGAAAAAAAAAAGUAAAAUUUGCAUAAUUAAUAUCAGACAAAGGGCAUUGAAAGACAAAUUACUCACAAUUUGAGUUUUAGGAAAAUGAAGAAAAAAAGCGAUGAGAAAACAAUUAUAAGAAUCUAUAUAUUAUAUUCCAUUAAAAAGGAGAAAUAAAAAUAUUAUAUAGAAAAUGAGAUAAAAAAAAAUAAGAGAAAAACACCAAAUUAUUGAUAUCUAUAUUGAAUUUAAAAAGAAAAAGUUCUUUCUUAUAAACUUAAAAAUAUCUCACUCCUCAAUUAAUCGAAUGGAAGAAAAUAUUUAACAAAAUUAGGCACACUUGCAGAAUAUUUUAUAUUUAAAAAACUAAAUAUUGCAUUUUUGGAUGGCAAAAAAAACAAAAUUCAUGGGUUAAGAACGUUAAGACGUAGCGCAACAUUAAAUUGCCUAUAUAGAUAUCAUAAACAUAAAAUAUAACAAUAAUUUAGAAGAAAAAAAAGUAGAAUUAAUAGAAAUUAAUUUUUCUUCCACAAUUGUUUUUUUUUAAUUUCUGCAAAACCAAAAUUAAAUUAUGAAAUAACAUAUAAUAAUUUCAUAAUAUAUUGAGAAAUAAAUCGCAAAUGGAAUGGUCAUCUAUAUAUAAAAAAAAGAAAAUUUAAACAGUGUUAUAAAAAAAUAUCCGUAAUUUGUAAAUUUUAAUUGUCUCGUAGAUUUAACAUGGAAAACAAUUAUUGCUUUAUAUGUGUUAUUAUAGAUAAAUUGCAAUAAAUAAAAAAAAUAAAAAAUAUUAUACAUAAAA